AUUCUUUUUCAUUCAUUCAUUCAUUCACAUUCAUUCGUUACAUUCAUUGCUUUCAUUGCUUUCAUUGCAUUACUACUAUUAUUACUAUCAUUAUCAUUAUCUUUUCUUUUCUUUCUCUUCCUUCUCUCAAAGCUAGUUCGUUCGUUGGAAACAUCAUGUUAUCCGUCAUAAACACUUCCACCACACUCUGCUUACAGCCUGCUUCUGUUUCAACCUCUAUUACUUCGUCUACUUCCUCCAAUGCCUCUAUGGCUCGGUUAGUCAACAAGGCUCCGCAGCCAUAUGGAGUCAUUCCUCCUCGUCGUAAAAAGACCUCCACAAACCGUUCUCCCAACUCUUUAUCCCCUUCAUUAGAGCUUACCCUAACCAAUACCACAAUCACAACCACAGCCUCAACAACAACGACAACAACAACGACAACGACAACUUCUACUACAUCAACAACCACAUCAACUCCCAAUCAUGAUUCUUUCUUUGCCUUCCUCUUCUCAGAUUCCACAUCAUCCUAUCGCUCCAAUCUCUGGGCAACCAUCAAGGCCCACUGCUUAGCUUUCAGCAAUACUAAUGGUCGAACCAACCGACAGACCAACAGGAGGGACCGUCAGGGUUGCUACCGUGACUUUGCACCACCUGAAGCUUUGAUCGUUACCAAUAGUCCACCCGUUGUCACAUUAGACGCAACAUCGUUAGUCACCAGCUCAUCCUCUGCAUUGUUUCCAGAGGAUGUAUUGCUAUCGAUUCAUGACAUCGAUGUGUCUGGAUCUGCAAUGCAAACUAUCAAGAACGAUAGCAGCACAAGUAACCAUAGUAGCAAUAAUAAUAUUGCCAAUAAUGCUUCUGCCUAUCCUGUUUCAGUCGCAUCCAUGGAUAAAUUCAAGGUCAUGGGAACAGAUCUUAUCCCAUUAAAGACCUUUACCUAUUGUGAAACCCUUAUUGAUGAGGUCGAAUCAUCCUUAAAGCUCGAUACUGGGGCUGCGUCUUCUCCAAAUGCGUCUACAGCAGCUUCUGGAGCUCUAAUCCGUCGCCCCCUUCCUCGAGUCAAGCGCAGUAUGCCAAAGCCCUCACCGAUCGUUGAAGCAACAAUGUCUUGCCGCCGAGUUCCUGUGGUGAAUCAGAGCGAAUUGCCACCUCCACUCCCACGACAUUUGGCUUCACGGGAGACUCGCUCCAACUCGGCCUAUUUGCGUAUGAUGGCUACGGAAUUGAGGAUGAUUCGCUCUCGCAAGCUAAUUGCCCCACUAAAGCCUCGAGCUUUCCUCCCUCGUCGCAAGGACCUUUUUAGCUUUGACAAGUCGUGCUUGACUCUAGAAAUAUCUUUUGAUAAGGACCUAGAGGAGAAGGAGGAGGAGGAGGAGGAGGAAGAAGAGGAAAUCCCUAUUGGUUCGUGGACCUCUUUCUCGUCUACAGAGUCCUUCAUGUCUACCAGCUCUUCAGACUAUGUUACCGCUGAAGGCGAGGAAGACGAUACUGAAAGCGACGAGUAAAAAGAAAAAAAAACUAUAUUCAGGAUUAUAUACCCUUCGUCUCUCCCCUCUGUCUCCUUUCUCUCCGAUUACUUUAUCAGCUUAUCACUUUAUCACCUCCACUCGUUUUUCUUUUUUUUUUUUUGCGUACCAC